CGCCGGGAGCUGUAGGCGCUCGCUGCGCAAUACGGCCUACCGCGCCAGGGGGGCGAGGAGGUGGCCGACCUCUAUCGUCACUUCCGCCGGGGCUUAACGUCACUUCCUGGCGGGAUGGUGGGGAAGCGGGCGCGGGAGGCUCGGCGGGGGAAGAUGGCGGCGCGGGGCGGCCUCUCCGAGGAGACGGUGAACGCCCAGGUCCUGCAGUUGUACUUCCACCAGGCCAUGGCGGCAUACCGCUCCGGACGGAACGGCGACUUCCGUCAGCUCCGCGACGUCAUGCAGGCGCUGCUGAUGCGGCCUCUGAAGAAGGAUCUGCUGGUGUCCAAGAUGCUGCGCUUCAUGCAACUCCUGUCGCGGAUCGAGGAAGGCGAGAACCUCGAUUGCACCUUCGAUCAAGAGCUGGAGCUCACCCCUCUUGAAUCGGCACUCGGUGUCCUGGAGCUCAUUCAGAGAGAAUUCUCCGUGGCGGAGAAGACGAUGGAAACUGUUCAGAAAAUGGUGAAGGAAGCUGCUGUUGUUGUCUGCAUCAAAAGAGAGUUUGAUAAAGCUUCCAAAAUUGUCAAGAGGCAUAUUGGGAAGGAGCCCAGAAACCAGAAAAAGAGGAACGAGUUGCUGACUAUCAUCCGGGAGAAGAAUUUCACUCAUCCAAUCAUCAAAAACUUCUCUUACAAGAACUUCCAGCAGAGCGUGUUUCAGGUCCUGAAGACCUAUGUGGAUGAUUCGGAGCCGCUGCUGCUAACAAUAAUGAAAAAGUCUUUGAAUCUAGAAUGUGCUAAAGAACCAACCUCAUCGGCGACUCCUGAGUCUGCAAAGAGGCCAAAGGACCAGGCAGCAGCUCUGGAGCUUGGCGGGGCUGAAGGCCCAGCAGGAGCUCCAGAGCCUGCAGAAACAGCGAAAGACCUGGAGGGAGCUCCCAACCCUGUAGAAAGGGCAGAUGACUCAGCAGCAGCUCCCGAGUCUAUGGAAGGAGCUACUGACCGAGCAGCAACUCCUGAGCAUGUAAUGGAAUCAGCCAGUAUCUUGGAAGAUGCUUCAGAGCCUAUGGAAAUAUCUAAAGAACCAGCAGCAGCAACUCCAGAACUUCCAGGAGUGUCCUUCAGGGACUCGGAAAGGCAGCCCUCUGGAACUGUAACCACGUAUGGGAUUUCUGUUCUGAGAGAAGCUUUCAAGAUCCUGUCGGACUCCCAGGAUUCUGAUGCACUCUUCACCAAACUGGACGAAACAGACUUUUCUUUCCCCAAGCAACUGUCUCCUUCUGUAUCCCACAGAACCAAGAGACGGAAAGAGGCGGCGAAUCAAGAUUCUGAGAUCUCAGACCCUCCUGAAAUACCCCAUAAGGGCAAACGCUUGUUGACCAUAAGCAAACUGGUCAUGGAGCAAGACAGCCAGUACAGCGAGUCGAGUGAGAGCCCAGACUCUUCCCAGGAGCCAGUUGUAUCUUCUGCUUCCAGACCUGUUCAGAAAUUGCAUGUCCAGCCUGUAUCUACUGAGAGUGCCAAGUCCUUCCAAAGAAGGUGGAACAGCUCAUACGGUGAAGAGGAGAAAGACAGGUGGAGCGAGGAGGAUGAGCUCUUCUCAGAUGCAGCAUCAUUUGAGACAAACAACACCACGAUGGUCUUUGGUUCCAAGAAACAGAAAUGGACAAUCCAGGAGAGCGAGUGGAUCAAAGAGGGCGUGAAGAAGUUUGGAGAAGGGAGAUGGAAAACCAUUUGCCAGAAAUACCCCUUCCAGAACCGUACGGCUGUGAUGAUCAAGGAUCGCUGGCGGACCAUGAAAAAGCUGGGAAUCCUCUAAAGAUGGGCGCCACAGGACCUUCAGUGCAAAAACCUUCUUAUUUUUCUUUUGAAAGAUGGACCGAGCAGUAGUAACGGGGAGCCUGCUGCGCUCAUCCCUGAUGGGUGUUGGGGCCGGCGUGGUGAGCCCCGCUGGCUCGUGGUACCUGAGGCUGCUGCAGCAGGCGGAACCCACGUCUGACAGGAGCCGAGGAGCCUCGUGGCUCGAGCUGUAGCUGCGAGGCUUAGGCCUCCUGCAGUUGGCAGAAGCUGCGCAGCCUGAUUGCACGCGCUCGGAAACGGCCUGGAUUGGGACUUCCUUUUCCACCUGGCAGCUGUAGAAGGAAUGCCAACCCGAUGGGCUGCUGAAACGAGUAUCCUCUGCCCAGAGAUGCUGUCAAAUGGUAGGAUAAUCCCACUAGUAACUAUUUUUAUGUGUUUUAACUGUCUAAAUUGUGAAUCGCUUGUUUCAUGUGUGUGCACUCAGUCUCCUGGAGGGAGAGGCAGCACAUGAUCCCAGAGCUUCUGGGGAGAGGAGAUUUAGGCAAGAUGAUCUGCUUAGAUGUUUUUUUUCAUGUUUCUUUCUGUAAAUGGCUACUCUGUGAGUGGGAAUUUCUCCCUCCCAGCUUUGAGGCUUUAAAAACAUUACUUUUUGUUUCGGUACUUCAGUAUUGGUUGUUCCCAUGUUAAAUCUGUAGUGCUUACUGGUUUUGGUCAUGUCUUACUGGCACUCCUCCUUCCUGGCAACAUCCUCCUCUGUGUGCGAUCCCUGCAAGCAUCUGAGCUCUGAGGGUGCGGCGUCUUUCCUGCUGUCAGGUGCCAAAGCUGUGGUCUUCUGUAAAAUAAAGUUCCUUUCUUGUUGGAUUUCAA